AUUGGCUACCAAUUGACCGCUAGAGCCGAAGACGCUUCCUGUUAUGCUCUGAUCAAAAAAAACAUGGCGCCGGCCAAGAAGCGCAACGUGUGUUCCAAAACCACAUCAGCCAAUGCUGCAAAAAAGGCUAAAAUCGACCCGAGUUUACAAGUUCAACAAAUUAUUGACAGCCGAAAAAACGCUAACGAUGUUUUUGACGUUCUCGAUUGUCUCCAGUCAGAGAAAGAAAAGGAAGUCAUAUCUGCCAUCAAUGCAUGUUGCAAUUUAUUUGUUGCUCUUCUGGAGAGAAAAGACCUGUUCAUUGGGAAACUUAUUGAUGAAGAAGCGAUGUUGACUGGGGAACACAAUGCCCAAGAUAAGUAUUCCAUGUUCAUGCGGCAUCGUUACAACGACUGUGUGGAGACGUUGCUUGAGCACCUCGUCCACAAGUCUUACGGAGUUAAGGAGUGUGCCCUCGUUGCCCUGAUGAAGCUGGCCGCUGCGGAAGGACAGUACCCUCUGGAGGAUUUGGAUUGGAGCGAACACGUCAGCUUUCCAAGAACACUUAUUCUGGGGGUGGUUGGAAGGCUGCUCUCCAAGGCAGAGGACAACACUAUGCUGAUCUCUAGGUUCACGGAGUACUUGGAGAUGGUGGACGUCCGCUACUACGUCAUGAGCUCCGUCCGGGUGAACGUGGGCACGGUCAUGGUUAAGAGCAAAGGGGAAGUGAUUCCCGUGUACCAGAACAACGUGUUUACGUUGGUGUCUAGCAUCAUCAUGCCGAGCCAAGAGUCUGAGCUCACAAACUUCAUGGUCAAACAGAAAGAUAAGCAUUCUGAGUGGAAAGCAGCUAAAUUAAACGAACACAAACGCUCCUUUGAGAGGAUGUGGCUCGGAUUUCUAAAGAAUAAGUUGCCAAGCAACAUGUACAAAAAGAUCCUGGUGAUUCUCCACGACUCCAUUCUCCCUAACAUGAGCAACCCAACGUUAAUGAUUGACUUCUUGACGGCUGCCUAUGAUGUCGGAGGAGCAAUCAGUCUACUAGCCCUCAAUGGCCUGUUUAUCCUCAUCCAUCACCAUAAUCUAGAUUACCCGGAUUUCUACAAGAAGUUGUACAACUUGCUAGAGCCCUCAGUGUUCCAUGUAAAGUACAGGGCUCGCUUUUUCCACCUCGCAAACCUCUUCCUCUCGUCCACCCACUUACCGGUGUACCUAGUGGCGGCGUUUGCAAAGCGCCUGGCGCGCCUGGCUCUCACGGCGCCACCAGAGUCCCUCCUCAUGGUGCUUCCCUUCAUCUACAACCUCAUCCGCCGCCACCCCUCCUGCAGAGUCCUCGUCCACAGGCCCACCACCGCAGACGAAUCUUGUGAGGACCCGUAUUUGAUGGACGAAGAGGACCCUAUCCUGAGCCAUGCCUUGGAGAGCAGCCUUUGGGAGAUAAAGACCCUCCAGAGUCAUUACCACCCAGAUGUGACCAGAGUGGCCUUGAAAAUUAACAAGCCUUUGUCGGUGCCAGAGGAGGACAUAGAUCAGCUGUUGGAGAUCACGAAUUUUGAGCUAAUGGAAAGAGACCUGAAAGCGACUAAGAAUGUUCCGCUGGAGUUUGAACCGGCAAAGAAGCUUCUCCAGGGAGGAGGGGGCAUUCUUGGUCAGCACUUCUGCCUGGAGUAGGAGUGUGUUGGUGGUCCUUCUUUUGAAACGAAAACCUUUUGGGGUCUUUCAUAUCUAGCCCCCCCCGUUUCGAGAACAUUUUGUAGGAACUGCUGUGGAAUAAAUGCUGUCAUCUUGCACCUGAUUUGAUCUGCAAUAUUUCCUAUAAUUCAUUCCAUUUAAAGGGGACAUAUUAUACCACCAGUUGUGAGUGAUUAGCCUUACAAGCAGUUUGGAAAAUCUGCCCCAUAUGACAUCACUAGUGGGCUUGUCCACCUAGAUCAGUCUACCAGCCUACCCAGUGGACUGAAGUAAACGUUGCUCAUCUAUCCAGCACAGAUCUCGGUGGACACGCCCACUAGUGAAGUCAUGGGGUAGAUUUUUCGAAACGGCUUGUAAGGCUAUACACACACCCCUGGUGGCAUAAUGUCCCGUUUAAAGUUUUCUAUUUUGUUAUUUUGAAAUCAAUCUAUCCAAAAUUAGAAAAUCCAACAUUGCCUCCCUGUGCAAAGAUAAGUCAGUGCAGAACUGGCUUGGUUCUAGGCAACUGAAACCACAAGCCUGUUCAAGAGCGCAAAUCCUACUACCGAAUGAUCUUGUAAGUGACGGUCCAUUAUACAAUCUUCAUUGGGUUUGUUGUUCCACAUUUGAGUGACAUGAUAAAUAAAAUUGCCUUGAGUAAACAAAAUCAGGAUUUAACAAAGAAGGCUUCUGUGUAAGUCAGUUGUAAGAGAACAGGUUUUUAUUCGACCGCACAAAAUUAAAUCACGUCGUUCACCAAAAUAAAAAUAAACUUGAUAUUGGUCUAAUCGGAUUCAUUCCCCACAUCAUUUUCCUGUAGAAAAAGAAAAAAAAUAAGCAAAUGAACAAAUUGCAUGUAGAUAAAUAGAUCAUGUAUCUGCCUUCGUCCUGCCCUUUAUUUAUCACAUUAAAACAGUUACCUGUUUCUGGUCCUUCUCCCGGCGAUCCGCCGCCGACGCCUCGUAGUCAUGGAUGGGAAGGGAGGCCAUCCAGCUGAUCAUCGAGUGCUCUUCCGACUCCGUGUCCACGAUGCUGGGGUAGAUGUGGGCCUUCUUGAAGCCCUUAAUCGACUCCUCCUCCGCGGCCCAAUCCAGGCGCUGGUGGAGGCCGUCCCCGCCGAAGCGCUGGUUGUAGCGGUCAAAGUGCACCCUCUCCAGCACCAGGCCCAGUCCAGGGGCCCGGGGGAUGUCCACCUUGUCGUUGCCCCAGCUGCGCUCCAGCACCUCCUCCUUGGCAUAGCCCUUGAUCACUGCGAUCACCAGGCCGAUCAUCUUGCGGAUCUGGUGCAGCAUGAAGCUCUGGCCGCGCACCGUGAUCACGGCGAACUCUGAGUCGCCGCUGAGGAAGGGCUCCUCGCAGGACAUCUCCGUGAUGUAGCGGCGGGCGCUGGGGUCCUGGGGGCUUUUCUGCGAGGUGAAGUUGUGGAAGUUGUGCGUGCCUUUGUAAAGGGAAAAGAGCGAGUUGGCUCUGGUGAGGGUCUCUGGGUCCAAGCGGAAAGCGGCCGACUUCUGGGUGUCGUAGUCCUUUGGGGCAAAGGCCACAGUGGGAAGCAUGUAGGAAUAUGUACGCGCAUCACAGUUGUUUUUGGAGUUGAAGCCUUGGGUCACUCGUUUGAAACCUAUGGCAAAAAGAAAAGGCAAAACGUUUAAAGGCAUAUACACAUUAUAUUCAUUUAAUCAACUUAAGUAGCAUUGUGUAAGAUUGAGCCGCUCCUAGUGAGUAGACAUCCAGAAAUCAACCAAUUCAGUCCACUAACUGGUGUCACAAAUGUGUGACUCCAACUAUCGUAACUCAUCUGUGUGGCAUGAGUAGGACGACUUUUGGGAGUGUCAAUGGUAAGAUUAUUUUAAACAAAAAAGCUAAAGGUAGGUUUUUAUUUGUAGAAUAUAUCAGUAUAGCAUGUUCAACAUUGAAAUCAUUAUCAAUUAGCAUUUAAUACAGAUAUGUUCAGGUUAUUUUAAGCUAAGAUCUAGUUGAAAUGAUACCCAUCGUGAAUUUAAAACGCAGGUCAGCCAUAUUUUAGAAGGUUUUUUUGCCAUUUGUUGAAAUAAGGCUUACAUCCCAACGGCAAUCAAUAAAUAAAGUCCUGAUAAAAAAAACCUGUCCAAUAAUUUCAUCCAGCCUAAAUGAAAUAACUGCAUGGUCUGGUUGUCGCACUUAUUGUGCAUGGCCGGUGUCUACCGCAAGCUAGGAAGACCGUUUG